CACACCCACGACAAAGCAAAUUCCUCUCUCUCUCUCUCUCUCUAGAAAACCCUAGCUCUAAAGGUAGCGUCAUGAAAGGAGGUAGAUCGAAGGCGCAGGCGAAGAGCACCGAUGCCAAGCUAUCGGUGAAGAAAACGGCGAAACAGCCGGCGAAGAAGGGGAAAGAGGCCAAGGAUCCGAAUAAGCCUAAGAGGCCUGCCAGUGCCUUCUUCGUUUUCAUGGAGGAUUUUAGGAAGCAGUUCAAAGAGAAGCACCCAAACAACAAAUCCGUUGCCACAGUCGGCAAAGCUGGAGGGGAUAAAUGGAAGAUGAUGUCAACAGCUGAUAAAGCUCCCUAUGUGGCAAAGGCAGAGAAAAGGAAGACUGAAUACAACAAAAUCAUUGAAGCUUAUAAUAAGAAACAGGCUGAGGGGCCAGCUGAAGAAGAAGAAUCUGACAAGUCUGUGGUGAACGAUGAGGAUGAGGAUGAUGAUGAGAGUGGAGAGGAUGAAGAUGAUGACGAGUAGGUGGAAUGUAGUAGGGGCGGAGUUUGAGGUGAAAGAUUGGGGCAAACUAGUGUAUGAGUUUCUAGAAUACUAUGACUUUUGAAUUUGCCUCAAAUCUAACUUGAUAAAUGGUUGUUUCAUUUUCAUUCGGUAGGUGGAAAAAAGGUGGUUUCAGGGUCCCUUGAAGCCAUAUCCCAGAUAUGGCUAUGUAUUAGUUUCAGGGACCCUUGAAGCUACCAAUCACGCCUGGCUAUGUACUUGAUGUUUUUCAAUGUUCAAUGGUAAAUCUAGGAUUUCUA